AGCGACAGACAUGGAAGUGGAAGACGCGAGCGUGAUGAGCAGCGGGAGCGGCGCUGCGCGAGCCUCCGAAGCGGGAUCGGGACUGGUCCGGAUGGAAUCGGCGGACAGCAAACGAGCCAAAGUGGUGCAGUCGGAGGUGGACCGCGUGAGAUUGCUGCCAGCUUCGAGCGCGUAUGCCAUCCAUCGCCUUCGUGUUUUGAAUAAGAUGCUGGACCUGCUCAGAGUCGACCCAGCCAAGCGAACCAAGACGGAAGUCGAUGAAUUGGAGCUUCUCUUCGCCGGCAUGUCGUUCUGAUCGUCGAUGGCGUUCCGAAUUGCGGACCACUUCUUGACCGAUCGCCUCCUCUUUCUGGCCAUUGACGGUGGAGAUAAGAUUCUAGCGUUGCCGAGCUAAUCGCACGAACAAUCAUCUUGAUACGCGGAAGACCUUCAGGAUCCAUCACCCUGUAUUGCGCUGGCGGCAAGGGCUUAUAGGACGCCUUGGGGUCUAGGUGGUAACGUAGCCUGCGGUUUACUGCGUCUUCAUCUUUGAGCUUGGGGCAAUGACGCAGUUAGUCAGGUGAAACCGAGACGCGUCAAUUGCUGGUUGAAAUCUAUUUCCUGUUUGUGUGUCUGGCGUGACUCCACGAGCUUCUAAUAUUGCAUCUUCUUAGCUGCAUGAGCAAUGGAGGGCUCCCACUCAGUCUUGUAUACAUGAACUCGAUAAAAGAUGUACAGCGCCAUGAGACCGCGUUGUCCACAUGUAUGUAUUUGUACUUUACUACUUCUCAGUAUUGUGAUAAAUAAUCAAGAAGACAUUGUGCAUCCUCACGCAAAUUUUC